AUGAGCGGGCCACGCACACCCUCCCAGCCCUUCUCAGCAGCAGACUCGUACGCUCAGCUCUACGAUGUAGCCGCGACUUCCAGCGCCACAAGCGCACACCAUGUGUCUGCACAGCGCUCUCAGAAUACAGCUGGACCGAGUCGAUCGCCUAGUGCUCUGCUGGCAGAACGAUACAGAGCAAACGAAGCCAGCAGUCAGGCUGGGAAAGGCUCCUUUGGGCAAAAGAGUGGUGCUCAUGCCCUGGCCGGGACGUCAGGUCAUCUCGACACGUAUUCCAGCCAGAAAUAUGAUGAAGAGGAUGAAGAAGAAGACGAUGAUUGGGACGUGUACGACGACUUCAACAAUUACGACCGAAGCGCGGCAGUCACGAGCCAUCGAGAUGUCUCACCCGACGUCCGACGAGAAAGCAGUCACUCCUCUCCACUGCUUACACCCUACUGCGACAACAAUGCACCCAAGAACCAUGUAGCUCCAGGCGAGUAUCGUCAGUCUACUCUCCUCGACUCAGCCUCUUUUGGCUUCGAUGUCAAAAACUCAGAUCCCAGAAGCUCGACUUUUGUACCUGCGUCCAUGGAGUUCGAAAAGGAGCAAAAGCAUCGCUCGGUGGACAGCCGGCUCACACUUGCAACGCCCGUCACAACGCCCAUGUACGAGAAGCUCGAAGAGGGGGAAGAGGCAGGUAUCGAGCUCGCUACCGUUCCCGGUCUAGGCGAUGAGUACACCGAUGCGGAAAAGGUGCAGAUGACAAGGAAGUACAGAGGACAGGCCAAGAGAAGCCGCAAGAAGGAGGCAGCCAAGAGAUGGGGAAAGGGAGAAUACAAGAUCUGUGGCUGGCUCAGUCCGAGGGUAGCAGUCUUCGCGGCUUUUGCCAUCGUGUCCUGCUUCGCUGUCAUGCUCUACUUUGUAGUGCCUCGAGUUCCGAGCCUCUCCUUCAACUCUACCGAUCCCCUCGUCGCUGUCCCCAACUCAUCAGGUAUGUCAACUCACUACGCUCCCACCAAUUGGAGCAUGACAAUGGACCUAGCGCUGCGCGGAAACAACGAAGGCGGGUGGAUCCCUUCGUACGUUAGCAAGAUGGAAGCAGUCGUAACCGAAGUCACCACUUCGAAGAAGAUCGGCAGCGGGCGUCUAUCUGACCUCUCCUUUCCUGGUCGAAGUCAGAAGACGUUUAGUCUUCCUGUGCAGUUUGCCUACUCUAGCUUGAACGUCUCGGGCGACGCGACUUUCCUAGCAGUGUAUGAUGCGUGUCAACAUCAGACUUCGGGGGGAAGCGCUAGACCCAACUUGAAUCUGGCAGUGGAGAUUACAAUGUACAUCAGGGGACUCGUUGGUGGGAAAGUCUCGAGCACAAGGAUCAAUACGGCUUGUCCUUUUGAGCUGGAGUGGAGUCAAAGUAUCUGA